UAUGGGAGGGGGAUUUCCCGACUUGAAGAUCGGCGGUUGGUCGUUUCCGCGACAAUCGCACGGUUCGACCAAUGAGCUGGGAGAGGCUGUUUUGCCUGACGUCACAAUGGCUUGCGAGGACAUCGCUGUGGUACAGCAACAGUAUUCCCUGCCAGCUUCGGAGAGGAUCGGAUCCCCGGCGCCCGGUGCUGCGCUCACUGCAACUCACUCUGCUCCCGGCUCACCUCCACCCAGUCCCCGCUCAUCCGGUGGGAUGGCCACGGUUCCCGAGCUGUGAUAAAUAAGAAGACCAAAUGGCCAAACAACCAACAGUGUUAAACUCGGAGUGCAGCGGAGGAGACCAGAUACAGCCGACACAUAGACACACUCCGCACAAGUUUUUCAGAAGAGGGGCCCCCACUUCCCUUGCUAGCCCAUUUGAAGGACACCGUUCUGAUGAGGGAGCGAGCUCCUCAACCAGUACUCCCUGGGCUCCUAAUCUAUCGCCUUAUAGCCCCAGUUCCUUUGCCAACAGAUCUCCGCAUUGUAUGUUGGUAAGAAGGUCAUCUCUUGUCUCCAAAACUUCAAGUGGGUAUUUCUCAUUUGAAGUGAGUCCGGCACCUGUGUAUUGUGAUAAAGCCACUCAGACACCGAGCCCACCGUGUCAAGCCUUCAACCACUAUUUAUCUGAGAUGGCAGCUGCCAGAAAUCCUAAUGACCUCGUAGACAUGCGGCCAGAAAUCUGGAUUGCACGUGAACUGCGACGCAUUGGAGAUGAAUAUAAUGAUCUGUACAAUCCGAGAAGGGUUCUUCUUGACAAUCGACGCAGAGCCGUGGCCAACGACCAAGUGAUUAUCUUGCGUGUGUUGCGUUAUAUCAUACGGCUCAUAUGGAGACUUCAGUGGCUUUGAAGGAGGUUAUUAUUUCACAAAUGAAGGACUCUUGCACACAGCCACUGAGACAGCUUCCUAUACUAUGCAACUCACAUCAACAUCUGGAAAAGAUGUUAUGGAGAACAUUGGACGUCUUCCGAUUCAUAAUCAGUAUGCAGAAAUACAUUUACCAGAUGAAAGCUUAAUGGGACAGAACAACUGGCAUCAUGGAUUUUAAGCUUCAGAAAUGGAUGGAUUUUUCUGACAAUAUUUUAUAGAGUAGAGAUUUUAUAUUUUGUGUAUAUAUAAGAUUCUUCAAACUUUCAUAUCUACUGAAAUAUAUAUCCAUCUCCAAAGACCUGUGGAUAUUGUGGUAAUUGAGCCUUUUGGAUCCACACAGCUGCCUUACUUUGUACAAAGCAAAUGUGAGAUGUGGCAUGAUGGGACAACACCUUAUACUAGCAUCCCAGUCUUGGUGCUCCUGUUCUCCCAGUUACUCCUGUCUUCAUUGCCAUAUGGCUUUUCUGAGGAUUGUUUUGUUUUCCCAGAAGGAUCCCCAAUCUGAAUAUUGAUCUGGUGAGCUGGCCAGCACCCUGUGUUUUAUAGGAUGGGUCGGUGGAAGAGACUGAGCUUUCUCACAGUUUCACUUUUUGCUGCAUUGCCUCGCUGGGUAACCCAUGUCCUCUGCCAGCUAUGUUUACAGCAAGCUUGUAGUUCUCUGUUUUAGGGCUAACCACAAUAUUGUCCCCCCCCCCCCCCCCCCUUUUCCGCAAUUACAUAGAAGAUAAUUAUGUAUAUGGUAAAAGCCUUUAUAAGAUAUAAAGGAACAUGUCUAUGUUCAUGGGACCAGUAGCUUUCUAUUGGGAUCUAGACCUUCUAAAUCAUGUUAAAGGACCACUAAAUGUAAAAUAUAAAUUGGAAAUAGAAAUAAUGCACGUGCAUCAAGAGCUUGUAUAAAUGAAGAUAUUGCAGAUAACUUUUGGUCCCAAAGUGCUUGUUCUCCGGCCACACAGGAGAUGUAAGUACAAUACCAUAUUUAAAAAGCUCUGUCACGGUAUAGAAAGUAUAUUCCGUUGUUAGCAGAUCAUUUAGAUGGGGCAAAUUGUAUUUUUAGUUUUUAGUGGUCCUUUAAUUCAGAACAUGAGUUUCUUAUGAGGUCUCCAAACUUUGCACUAGCCAUAUAAUCUAAGAUCAGUCCCAGUUUUAGUCCUUAGUAAUGAAAUGGCAGUAGCACGUCCUACAGCAAAGGGUGUAAGGAUUAGGCUUUGUAAGUAAAUGUUAUAUUUGUAUAUUGAUCUAGUGUGCAGAUCUCUAUACAAAACAUUCCCUCUACCGUAUGCAGGCAGGCCAUUAUAGAAUCUGUCCCAGUGAAAUUGUGGAACACCUGUUCCCAAAUUAGUUAUGCUCUAUUAGGGAUAUCAUUAUAAUCUGUCCAUGUAACCUGCCAAAGGUCUGACGUGUGCCAUUUGCUCACCUGCUGUUACAUGCCUUAUUUUAACUUUUUUUUUUUUUUUUUUACCCAUAAAACAGUUUUUUUGUUUAAGGUGGGGUUACCAGUGUAUCUGCAUAGUAUGUGAAAUUCACAAGCACAGUCUUUAAUGAUUACUCACGCACGAGCACACUUUUUAUACAGAAUCCAUAGAGAUUUCCCUUCUUUCUUUGAGGGAUAUUUACUAAUUCUGCUAAAAAAAAAAAAAAAUUGCAAGUCUGCACAAAAACCACAGCAACUAAUCAGACAUUUGCAUUAAUGUCUUACUUGCACUAAACAAAUAAACGCUAAUUGCUGAUUGGUUGUCACAGGUUACUGUACAUUUGCACUUUAGAGCAGUGUUGGUAAAUACUCCACAUUUAUACCAGUGAUCAGUAUUGUCAGUGAAAUAGAUAUUCCUUUGCAGUGAUAGUCUUAAGAAGGGUUUGCUAGGUGGGUGUAGUAGGGUAUGCCGGCGGCCAGCUUACCGGCACCGGAAUCCCAACCGCCGGCAUACUGACAGCUUGGUGAGCGCAAAUGAGCCCCUUGCGGGCUCACCGCGUUGCGUGCCCCACGCUAUCUAUUCUCCCUCCAGGAGGGUCGUGGACCCCCAAGAGGGAAAAAGUGUCGGGAUCCCAACAGUCGGCAAACUGAAGACCACCCUGCUAAGCUACCCUUUCUUUUUAAAUAUGCAAUCCAUUUAUAUACAAGUCCCUCGGUGGAGUCUAGAAUUGAGUAUACAUUCAUUAUAGUAGCAGCUCAAUCUUAUUGUAGACCUGUAACUUACACAUAUCAAGGCAGUUAUGUCACGUGCUUUAGCCAGUGUUAAGAAAAAUGCAGCCAAUUCACUAGGAAGUGGUGCCUUGUGGAUGAUUAGUCUCGGAAAUGUCUCCCAGUGGUGACUAGGCCUAGUGCUGCAUUCUAAGGGACAUUGGGGCAGAUGUAUUAAGCCUGGAGAAGUGAUAAAACAGUGAUAACGCAGCAGCCAAUCAGAUCCUAACUGUCAAUUUACAUAUUGGAGCUGUUUGGCUGAUGUGCUAUUACCUUGCACUUAUCACUGGUUUAUCACUUCUCCAGACUUAAUACAACUGCCCCCAUUGUGAGCCUUCAGCAUUGAUGUCUCCCGUGUGCAGAACACACUUCUAAGCUUCUUCUAUUACUAACAUUACUUGGACUACAUAUUGAUGGCUGAAUUUCCUUUUAACUGCACAAAAGCCUAGAUACUAUGCAAGAACUAAACCAUAGCCCUGUUGAUGGAACAGCCUACAGUUGGCCACUAGACAGUUUUACAAGACUGCUAUAGAAGCACAAUUCUAAUAAAUUCUACUGUAUUCAGUAUAGUUUUACAUAAACAAGUAAAAGGUCUUGUAGGUUUAACACUCGUUGAGUGUCAGAUGUAAUGGUGAAAGUUAAAGUGCUUUGGGGAUUUCAGUUGUAAAUUUUAAAUCUGCAACUUUAUUUUUAGUUCUAUUUUUUUAUUACAAAACCAUGUUUGGCCUUCCUUUUUAAAUAAAUAGUGUUAACAUCUGCACUUUCUGCAACAUACAAGCUUAUUACAUUUAGCCCCCGAAUGUGAAGCCUUAGGGGUAAAUUUACCAAAGCUUCUAAAACAGAGAAAAGGCAAUAGAGAGAAAUUAAUAGACAUCAUCUGAUUGGUUGUUAUGGACAACAUCACCAAUUCUUUUUUUAGAAGCUUUAGUAAAUGUACCCCUUGGACGCUAGACUGCUGUCUACAGCAGUAUGUGGCCACUAAACCUAGCACCAUUAUUAUAACAGAUUUCUGUCUUGGCAACCAGAUUUUCCCUUUUGUAAUUGAUAGAUUGACAAUGCUGAUCACUGAUUAACUUUUCCUUUCACCAAAGAAAAGAUCUAUGUCAGACUUAAAACGCUUUAGAGAUCUAUUUACACGGUUGCAGAUUAAUGAGGGUGUGAUUGUUAUAUUAGAUCCCCUGAGAGGUCAUGGGUUAUUAUGAGGGGUGGUACAGAAUAUGCUUCCUGUUUCCCACUGACGUGUAGCAUUAUUUGCCCAUGGAUAUAUGUGCCUUUUUUGUUUUGUUUUUUAAACUUUAAAUAACCAAAGAUAUUUUAGGGUUCUGCUUUACCUCGUCUAACUUGGGAUUCCAUGACAUUGUAGAGUCGGGUUCCCAAAGCACUUGUGCUUUUACCUGGAGUAACGUGUCAUUUAUACAUAUGGUAUAGAGUGCCAUUAGUUAUUCCGUUCUGUUAGAAUCUCUGCACAGGUCCUAGGAUACUCCACACCAACUCUUUACAAUGUACAUUUCUCAGUGCCUUAAAGGUUAAGUGCCAAGUAGCCUGUUACCUCCACAUUUUAUAAAAUGACCCAAUAUCGAUGACCAGCUGUAAUGGGCCACAUCCUUUAGUGUCCAUGGAACUAUGGUGGUUGCAGACCGUUGUGAAAUGAUGAAUAACGGGGAGAAGUUAAAGUAUUGUUAAUGUCGCAACUACAGUGUGUUUUCAUUAUGUAUAUACAUUGGUUAUAUAGUGCAGUUGUUUGGGUUUUGUUCUACUUUGGUGCUAUUAGAGAUUUAUAUUAUAAUACGCAAAUUAGGCUUAUAUAGGAACUCCUGUUAAACCUGUAUAAUCUCGGAGUUCUGCCUCAUGUAUUAUACGGAGGAAAGCACCCUAACUGUAGAGUAUGGAUAUUAGAAGUCACCCCUGCUAUCCAUGACCUGUAUAUAGAGCACUCUGCAUAUGGUCUCAUGCCAUUACUGGAACACCGUACUUAAGAAUGUUAUGUCAGACCUACAAAUACCAAUCUAUGCAUAACUAAUGCAAUAAUCAGAGCUGUGACAUGUUGCAGAAUAUCAUCGAUGACUAUGGUCUCCUAUGUAGUGUGACAUAGAGCAGGCUGAAUCUAUCCACAUAGAAAUGUUUUCCCAGAACUGCAUAGCUUCGCUCUCUUUUGCUUUAUGAAGUAUAUUUUUUGUAUGCUUUUGCGACUGGUUUUCCCGUUUCUCAGGGAAAUAACAAGUAGUCUGUGAUUCCCAAGGCAUUGGGCCUGCCGAAAUGUGUUGCUGUAAUAUAGUGUAUAUAUUCAGUUUUACCUGAGCCAAAUUCUUGUGUUCAGUCAGUGUCCUCUUUACUUUUACUUAAAGGAGAAAUGAAUCCCAGAAAGACCUCUGCUUAAGUUACCAUGGUGUAUACAGAAUUGCAGUUGACUGCCUCUUUCAGCAUCGCACCGUGACACUGCGGGAAUGCUGGAAACAGCAUAGCCUCUGCUCCCGCCCAUUAUGGAGGUCUAUAGAAUAUGGCUGGCUGCGGAGUCCAUUUCCUUAUUUAUUGUCCACAUUCAACAAUGUCCUGCUUGACAUUUAAACAGUUAAAUGUGACAAUAAUUUAAGUAAAAGUCCUUUUCAUUUUCCCUAUAGUUUUCGCUGUCAAAAUGGCAAGUAGCAUGUCAUGUUGCUGCCACUUAUGUCAGGGAAUGUUAAGAAAAGUAGUUUGUACAUAGUGUAAAUUACCUGUAAUUUGCUUCUUUGUACCUUUUUUUUUUUUUUUUUAAAGAUAUUUGUAUAUUUAAGUCAUUCACGUUAUUUAAUUUACUGUGUAAUUUUAUUUUGAACCGUGCGUGCUCUCUCCCACUCUGCUGGGUUUUGUGACUAUCCUGCUUGGGCAGUAAUAUAAGUUGCUGUACUGCCACUUCUUUGUACUGUACUACUCGCUUCUAUUUCCCGUUACAUGGUCACUUUUUUUUUUUUUUAAUUAAUUUUUCUUUGACUCCCAUUGCACUUUUGCCAUGACAAGGAUAGAAUACACAGUAAAUUUGUGGAAGUUGAACUUGCAUAAGAAUUACUGAGGCUGGUAUAACCGUACGGUUGGAGACUCCUGUAAGUUGCAGCCCACAUAUCUAUCUAUGUAUGUAUGUAUGUAUAUCUGUUGUGCUGUUUAAUAUACAAUAUUAUAACUUUGAUCAGCGAUGACUGAUUACUACUAAUAACCCUUCCAGUGGUGGGUGAAACAUUAAUAUUUGUCCCUUGAGCCUCUUGCCGACAGUAACUAUCAUCAGGCCCCAUAGAGUAACUACACAAACCCAACUCUGUUCUCUACUAGUAUGACCCUAUUUUGCACUACUUCUACACUAGCCUAGAACACUUGUUCAUUCAUGCAGAAAAUUAUCCAUAUUCUGUUAAUCUGCUUCACUCCAAGGCUUCAUUUUCCCCCUUGUGUAUUAUUUUGGACUGAAUCUGAUGAAUUCAAUCCUAUUUGACUACUCAGAAUAAUUGCACUUUUUAUGUUUAGGCAAACCGUUACUGUCUGUCUGCGCAAGCUUUAUUUAAUGUGUACAAGUUAUUAACCACACACAAUACACCAAAUGAGGAAUAUUCCCCCCAAAAAUCUUAAUGUAUUGUGACUUUGAAAAAUGUUUAUCCGCAUUCAAAGGUGUAAUUUUUUUCGUUUUUCUUUUUAAACGGGACAUGGUAUUAUUGGCAUUUAAAAGGUUUUUUUUUUUAAGUGUCAAAGAUGUUCUUUACUGUUCAGAUCUGAAAGCAAGGGUAAAGUGUCUGUUUUAGAAAUAAGGAAGGUGGGAUAAAAGUGUUUUUUCUUCUUGACGCAACUUUUAUAGCAUUAUCCCCUUUGUCCCAUUCUUUUUUAAAUAUCUGUUAAUGAAUUGUUUAAGGCACUGUUGUCAAACUGUGUAAAUCUGUGAUGUGUGCAGCUGCAUAACUGGGUACCAGGUGUAUUAUACUAAAGUGUGUCGGAAUCUUCUAUUUUAAUAGCGUUGUAGCAUUUAGCAGCACUUUCACCUUGCAGUAAAGUAUCUCCAUGCUUACUUGACUUGUUAACCAGCUGUGUCAGCUAACUCUUCAUGUUGUUGGGUGGAAGUCUUUACAAUGCAAUUACUAUACAGUACCUCAUUAAUUUCACUUCAUAAAUUGUUUAAAUAUUUCAAAACCGUUUCCAGCCAAGAAUUUCUCAUUUCAUGUGACCAUGUUAAUGUAUUGGUCUGCAUUGUGCACAGCAGCUGAAUAAAUCUGUAAUUUCCAAAAGGGGAGGGGUUGACCCUUCCGGCUAAUGAUAGAAUGUUAUACCCCAUAGAAUCUUCACAUUAUUCCAGGUUAUAAAACAAAUUUACGUGAAUAAGCACCAGAGAAUCCACAUUGCCACUGUUAGAAGGAAACGCUUACAUCAAACAUGCUUUACCUGGAACACGACUCCAUAAUCCCUUGUUCUCUUUUCAAUGCUUCUCAUGGUCUCUGGGAAAUUUCAGAGAUUGUAGGCACUUUUCACAACAUAGCGGGGAAUACCCUCCCAAUAUCUGAAUUGUUACUCUCCAUUUUCACUUUUAGUACCCAUGCUAUGAGAGAGCCUUAUUCUAAUCACUAAUGUCUUUCCAUAGGACCCAGUGUACAUGUAGCAUUUUUGAUAUUAAACAAUUGUCCCUGGCUUUGUGUUUUGCACUGAUUACUUUUGCCAGGGUAAUUGACACUUUUUUUUUUUUUUGUGCAAUAUUGCUGUACAUAAUGCAGAUUUUUUUUUAAGGUCUUUGUCAAUGAAUUUUAUAUAAAUAAAUAUGUUUGAACUUUG